AUGCCAAUCAACGGGUAUGACAUCAUCAUUGUGGGCGUGGCAUCCCGUGUUAUGACACGUGUCUAGAGGCAUAAUGGUAAGUAAAAUGACAUAGGGUUCUGAGGUAAAUAAUGUUAAGGUUAUAAAAAACUUGGAAAUGAUAAUCAGUGUCUCAUUAAAACAUACACUACAUUACCAAAAGUAUGUGGACACCUGGUCGUCAAACAUCUCAUUACAAAAUCAUGGGCAUUAAUAUGGAGUUGGUCCCCCCUUUGCUGCUAUAACAGCCUACACUCUUCUGGGAAAGCUUUCCACUAGAUGUUGGAACAUUGCUGCAGGGACUUGCUUCCAUUCAGCCACAAGAGCAUUAGUGAGGUUGGGCACUGAUGUUGGGCGAUUAGGGCUGGCUCGCAGGCAGCGUUCCAAUUUAUCCCAAAGGUGUUCAAUGGGGUUAAGGUCAGGGCUCUGUGCAGGCCAGUCAAGUUCUUCCACACCGAUCUCAAAAACCAUUUCUGUAUGGACCCCGCUUUGUGUAUGGGGGCAUUGUCAUGCUGAAACAGGAAAGGGCCUUUCCCAAUCUGUUGCCACAAUGUUGGAAGCACAGAAUCGUCUAGAAUGUCAUUGUAUACUAUAGCGUUAAGUUUUCCCUUCACUGGAACUAAGGGGCCUAGCCCGAACCAUGAAAAACAGUCCCAGAUCAUUAUUCCUCCUCUACCAAACUUUAAAGUUGGCAUUAUGCAUUUGGCAGGUAGCGUUCUCCUGGCAUCUGCCAAAACCAGAUUCGUCCGUCGGACUGCCAAAUGGUGGAGCAUGAAUCAUCACUCCAGAGAACGUGUUUCCACUGUUCCAGAGUCCAAUGGCAGCGAACUUUCCACCAUUCCAGCCAACACUUGGCAUUGCGCGUGGUGAUCUUAGGCUUGUGUGCAGCUGCUCGGCCAUGGAAAACCAUUUCAUUACGUUAUUGUGCUGAUGUUGCAUCCAGAGGCAGUUUGGAACCCGGUAGUGAGUGUUGUAACCGAGGACAUACGAUUUUUAUGCGUUACGCGCUUCAGCACUUGGCGGUCCCUUUCUGUGAGCUUGUGUGACCUACCACUUCACGGCUGAGCCAUUGUUGCUCCUAGACGUUUACACUUCACAAUAACAGCACUUACAGUUGACCAGGGCAGUUCAAGCAGGGCAGAAAUGUGAAGAACUGACUUGUUGGAAAGGUGGCAUCCUAUAACGGUGCCACGUUGAAAGUCACUGAGCUCUUCAGUAAAGCCAUUCUACUGCCAAUGUUUGUCUAUGGAGAUUGCAUGGCUGUGUGCUCGAUUUUAUACACCUGUUAGUAACUGGUGUGGCUGAAAUAGCCAAAUCCACUAAUUUGAAGGGGUGUCCACAGACUUUUGUAUAUAUAGUGUAUUUUGUAAUGGGAUGUAAUUGUAAAUCAAAAUGACUGUAAAUGGUUUUCUUUCUACUCUCACCUUUUUAGAAUAUUUAUAUUUUGACAGUGUCCCAGUAUGCCAGUCACCUACUAUCAAACUGGGACACUCCUCUAGGUCAUUUGAAUGCAGAAAAUGUUGUUUACACUGUUCCAAAUGGUCACCCCAAAAAAUAUUGUAAUCUGUAGGCUAAACAGUCCCCUGCCAAGAUUUUGAUAAUAAUUUUUGAUAAGGAGGAGAUAAAUGAGCCUACAAAAAUUUAUUCACAGAUGGAUGAAAUUCACAGAUGUAGGCCUGUGCCUUCGGAAACUAUUCAGACCCCUUGACUUUUUCCACAUUUUGUUACGUUACAGCCUUAUUCUAAAAUUGAUUUAUUUUAAUUUUUUAUCCUCAGCAAUCUACAGACAAUACCCCAAAAUGACAAAGCGAAACAGGUUUUUAGAAAUGUUUGCAAAUGUAUUAAAAAUUAAAAACGGAAAUACCUUAUUUACAUAAGUAUUCAGACCCUUUGCUAUGAGACACGAAAUUGAGGUCAGGUGCAUCCUGUUUCCAUUGAUCAUCCUUGAGAUGUUUCUGCAACUUGAUUGGAAUCCACCUGUGGUCAAUUAAAUUGAUUGGACAUGGUUUGGAAAGGCACACACCCGUCUAUAUAAGGUCCCACAGUUGACAGUGCAUGUCAGAGCAAAAACUAAGCCAUGAGGUUGAAGGAAUUGUCCGUAGAGCUCCGAGACAGGAUUGUGUCGAGGCACAGAUCUGGGGAAGGGUACCAAAACAUUUCUGCAGCAUUGAAGGUCCCCAAGAACACAGUGGCCACCAUCAUUUUUAAAUGGAAGAAGUUUGGAACCACCAAGACUCUUCCUAGAGCUGGCCGCCCGGCCAAACUGAACAAUCGGUGGAGAAGGGCCUUGGUCAGGGAGGUGACCAAGAGGCCGGACUUGAACCCGAUCGAACAUCUCUGGAGAGACCUGAAAAUAGCUGUGCAGCAACGCUCCCCAUCCAACCUGACAGUGCUUGAGAGGAUCUGCAGAGAAGAAUGGGAGAAACUCCCCAAAUACAGUUGUGCCAAGCUUGUAGCGUCAUACCCAAUAAGACUCAAGGCUGUAAUCGCUGCCAAAGGUGCUUCAACAAAGUACUGAGUAGGGUCUGAAUACUUAUGUAAAUGUUUUAUUUCAGUUUGUUAUUUUUCAUAAAUUUGAAAAAAAAUUGCAAAAAAAUUGCAAAAAAAUUCUAAAUACCUGUUUUUACUUUGUCAUUAUUGUGUAUAGAUUGAUGAGGGGGAAAAAAACAAUUUAAGCAAUUUUAGAAUAAGGCUGUAACCUAACAAAAUGUGGAAAAGGUAAAGGUGUCUGAAAACUUUCCGAAGGCACUGUAGCUGAGCUAUUAGUCAUUGCAAUGUGUGAUAAAUCUUCAUAUAGCCUAUAUUUAGCCUAGUCUAUAGUUAAAGUUAUUGUCCACAGCCAACAAAUAGCCUACUGAUACUGACUAUAAUGUGCAGACUGAUCCUAUAUUUAGCUAACAUUCCACUCCUUCCACUGGGCACACACUAGUUGAAUCAGAGUUGUUUCCACGUCAUUUCUAUGCCGUCUGGCAAUUCUGGCAAAUGCCAGAAGGGCCGGGACCAUCUUUUAUGAGUUGUCUGGUCGAAAUGGACAAAACAAAUUGUAAAUAGAUAUAUUAUAAAAAAUGGACACGUACGGUUGCUCAUGAGCCUGUUUUUUUUAAUGACUUUUGUGCUAUUUCUCUGUUGUCAUAAUUGUCUAUAUUUAGCUGACCAGUGGGAAACGGCUGGCCCGGUUUUCUGAUUGGCUGAGGUAACGCAAAUUCACAUUCAAAAUUAAAUGCGCAUAUUCAAAGAGAGUGAGACCCACUCUGACUCUGUCAGUCACUCAGUCAAAACAGAAAAAACGGAAGGGUGGUGCUGAAAAAGUUAGAGACCAAAAAAAGGCUCUUGAGGCCGACGCUGCUAAGUGUGAGAAAUUAACAGACCUAUUUGUUAAAAGUUCUGGUGUGCUGGUCUGCUGUGUCUGUGAGAAAUGACAGAUCACCUACUGUGGUAGAAAACAGAGAAAGACACACUCACGCACACUGACACAGAUCAUGUAGCCUACUGCUGCCAGUUAGGCCUAAUACUGUGGCUGUAUAUUGUAUAAAUAAACACUGAGUGUACAAAACAUUUGGAACACCUGCUCUUUCCAUGAUAUAGACUGACCAGGUGAAUCCAGGUGAAAGCUAUGAUCCCUUAUUGAUGUCACUUGUUAAAUCCACUUCAAUCAGUGUAGAUGAAGGGGAGGAGACAGGUUAAAGAAUGAUUUUUAAGCCUUAAGACAACUGAGACAUGGAUUGUGUAUGUGUGCCAUUCAGAGUGUGAAUGGGCAAGACAAACUAUUUAAAUGCCUUUGAACAGGGUAUGGUAGUAGGUGCCAGGCUCACCGGUCUGAGUGUUUCAAGAACUGCAAUGCUGCUGGAUUUUUCCCGCUCAACAGUUUCCUGUGUGUAUCAAGAAUGGUCCACCACCCAAAGGACAUCCAGCCAACUUGACACAACUGUGAGAAGCAUUGGAGUCAAUAUUUUAUUUUAAUUUUAUUUAUUUCACCUUUAUUUAACCAGUUAAGCCAGUUGAGAACAAGUUCUCAUUUACAACUGCGACCUGGCCAAGAUAAAGCAAAGCAGUGCGAUAAAAACAACAACACAGAGUUACAUAUGGGGGAAAACAAAACAUAAAGUCAAAAAUACCACAGAAAAUAUAUAUACAGUGUGUGCAAAUGUAGCAAGUUAUGGAGGUAAGGCAAUAAAUAGGCCAUAGUGCAAAAUUAUUACAAUUAGUAUUAACACUGGAAUGAUAGAUGUCCAAGAGAUGAUGUGCAAAUAGAGAUACUGGGGUGCAAAUGAGCAAAAUAAAUAACAAUAUGGGGAUGAGGUAGUUGAGUGGGCUAAUUUCAGAAGGGCUGUGUACAGGUGUAGUGAUCGGUAAGGUGCUCUGACAACUGAUGCUUAAAGUUAUGAGGGAGAUAAGAGUCACCAGCUUCAGAGAUUUUUUGCAGUUCGUUCCAGUCAUUGGCAUCAGAGAACUGGAAGGAAUGGCGGCCAAAGGAGGUGUUGCUUUGGGGAUGACCAGUGAGAUAUACCUGCUGGAGCGCAUACUACGGGUGGGUGUUGCUAUGGUGACCAAUGAGCUAAGAUAAGGCAGAGAUUUGCCUAGCAGUGAUUUAUAGAUGGCCUGGAGCCAGUGGGUUUGGCGACGAAUAUGUAGUGAGGACCAGCCAACAAGAGCGUACAGGUCACAGUGGUGGGUAGUAUAUGGGGCUUUGGUGACAAAACGGAUGGCACUGUGAUAGACUACAUCCAAUUUGCUGAGUAGAGUGUUGGAGGCUAUUUUGUAAAUGACAUCGCCGAAGUCAAGGAUUGGUAGGAUAGUCAGUUUUACGAGGGCAUGUUUGGCAGCAUGAGUGAAGGAGGCUUUGUUGCGAAAUAGGAAGCCGAUUCUAGAUUUCACUCUGGAUUGGAGAUGCUUAAUGUGAGUCUGGAAGGAGAGUUUACAGUCUAACCAGACACCUAGUUAUUUGUAGUUGUCCACAUACUCUAGGUCAUACCCGUCGAGAGUAGUGAUUCUAGUCGGGUGGGCGGGUGCCAGCAGCGUUUGAUUGAAGAGCAUGCAUUUAGUUUUACUAGUGUUUAAGAGCAGUUGGAGGCUACGGAAGGAGUGUUGUAUGGCAUUGAAGCUCGUUUGGAGGUUUGUUAACACAGUGUCCAAUGAAGGGCCAGAUGUAUACAAAAUGGUGUCGUCUGCGUAGAGGUGGAUCUGAGAGUCACGAGCAGCAAGAGCGACAUCAUUGAUAUACACAGACAAAAGAGUCGUCCCAAGAAUUGAACCCUGUGGCACUCCCAUAGAGACUGCCAUAGGUCCAGACAACAGGCCCUCCGAUUUGACACAUUGAACUCUAUCUGAGAAGUAGUUGGUGAACCAGGCGAGGCAGUCAUUUGAGAAACCAAGGCUAUUUAGUCUGCCAAUAAGAAUGCGGUGGUUAACAGAGUCGAAAGCCUUGGCCAGGUCGAUGAAGACGGCUGCACAGUACUGUCUUUUAUCGAUCGCGGUUAUAAUAUCGUUUAGGACCUUGAGCGUGGCUGAGGGGCACCCAUGACCAGCUCGGAAACCGGAUUGCAUAGCGGAGAAGGUACGGUGGGAUUCAAAAUGGUCGGUGAUCUGUUUGUUAACUUGGCUUUCAAAAACUUUAGAAAGGCAGGGCAGGAUGGAUAUAGGUCUAUAACAGUUUGGAUCUAGAGUGUCACCCCCUUUGAAGAGGGGGAUGACCGCGGCAGCUUUCCAAUCUCUGGGAAUCUCAGACGUUACAAAAGAGAGGUUGAACAGGCUAGUAAUAGGGGUUGCGACAAUUUCAGCGGCUAAUUUUAGAAAGAAAGGGUCCAGAUUGUCUAGCCCAGAUGAUUUGUAGGGGUCCAGAUGUUGCAGCUCUUUCAGAACAUCAACUGUCUGAAUUUGUGUGAAGGAGAAGUGGGGGGGGGGGGCAUGGGCAAGUUGCAGCGGAGGGUGCAGAGCUGGUGGCCGGGGUAGUGGUAGUCAGGUGGAAAGCAUGGCCAGCCGUAGCAAAAUGCUUGUUGAAAUUCUCGAUUAUUGUAGAUUUAUCGGUGGUGAUAGUGUUUCCUAGCCUCAGUGCAGUGGGCAGCUGGGAGGAGGUGCUCUUAUUCUCAAUGGACUUUAGUGUCCCAAAACUUUUUGGAGUUAGUGCUACAGGAUGCAAAUUUCUGUUUGAAAAAGCUAGCCUUCGCUUUCUUAACUGCUUGUGUAUAUUGGUUCCUAACUUCCCUGAAAAGUUUCAUAUCGCGGGGGCUAUUCGAUGCUAAUGCAGUAUGCCACAGGAUGUUUUUGUGCUGGUCAAGGGCAGUCAAGUCUGACGAGAACCAGGGGCUAUAUCUGUUCUUAGUUCUGCAUUUUUUGAAUGGGGCAUGCUUAUUUAAGAUUGAGAGGAAAGCACUUUUAAAGAACAACCAGGCAUCCUCUACUGACGGAAUGAGAUCACUAUCCAUCCAGGAUACCUAAUAAUAAUAAUAAUAUGCCAUUUAGCAGACGCUUUUAUCCAAAGCGACUUACAGUCGUGCGUGCAUACAUUUUUGUGUAUGGGUGGUCCCGGGGAUCGAACCCACUACCUUGGCGUUACAAGCGCCGUGCUCUACCAGCUGAGCUACAGAGGACCACAUACCUGGGUCAGGUCAAUUAGGAAGGCCUGCUCGCUAAAGUGUUUUAGGGAGCGUUUGACAGUGAUGAUGGGUGGUCGUUUGACCUGCGUACCCGUUACGGACGCAGGCAAUAAGGCAGUGAUCGCUGAGAUCCUGGUUGAAGACAGCGGAGGUGUAUUUAGAGGGUAAGUUAGUCAGGAUGAUAUCUAUGAAGGUGCCCAUGUUUACGGAUUUAGGGUUGUACCUGGUAGGUUCCUUGACAAUUUGUGUGAGAUUGAGGGCAUCUAGUUUGGAUUGUAGGAUGGCCGUUGUGUUAAGCAUGUCCCAGUUUAGGUCACCAAGCAGUACAAACUCUGAGGAUAGAUGGGGGGCAAUCAAUUCACAUAUGGUGUCCAGGGCACCGCUGGGGGCUGAGGGGGGUCUGUAGCAAGUGGCAACAGUGAGAGACUUAUUUCUGGAAAGGUGGAUUUUUAGAAGUAGGAGCUCAAACUGUUUGGGCACAGACCUGGAUAGUAUGAUAGAGCUCUGCAGGCUAUCUCUACAGUAGUUUGCAACUUCACCCCCUUUGGCAGUUCUAUCUAGACUGAAAAUGUUGUAGUUGGGGAUGGAAAUGUCUGAAUUUUUGGUGGCCUUCUUAAGCCAGGAUUCAGACACUGCUAGAACAUCAGGGUUGGCGGAGUGUGCUAACGCAGUGAAUAACUCAAACUUAGGAAGGAGGCUUCUGAUGUUAACAUGCAGAAAACCAAGGCUUUUACAGUUACAGAAGUCAACAAAUGAUAACUCCUGGGGAGUAGGAGUGAUACUGGGGGCUGCAGGGCCUGGGUUAGCCUCUACAUCACCAGAGAAACAGAGGAGGACUAGAAUAAGGAUACGGCUAAAGGCUUUAAGAACUGGUCUUCUAGUGCGUUGGGUACAGAGAAUAAAGGGGGCAGAUUUCCGGGCGUUGUAGAAUAGAUUCAGGGCAUUAUGUACAGACAAGGAUAUGGAAGGAUAUGAGUACAGUGGAGGUAAAUCUAAGCGUUGGGUAACAAUGAAAGAGAUAGCAUCACUGGAGGCACCGAUUGAGCCGGUCUUUGCGUGUAUGGGGGGUGGAACAAAGGAGCUAUUUGAGGCAGUUUGAGAAUGACUUGGGGUUCUAUAUUGACAUUUUAUAAUAAGAACUAACUGGAACAGCAAUAGGCAAGGCAUAUUGACAUGGGAGAGAGGCAUAAAGCAAUCACAGGUGUUAUUAUAGAGAGCUAAGACAACAACUGGUAAUGGCGAUAAAGUUUGGGCUGAGGCUAAACAGAUAAACAGGACAGGGUACCGUGUAAAGGAACAGUCCAGCAGGCAUCAGCUGUGCAGCUGAGUGAUCAUAAGGUCCAGUGAACAACAAUAUGUGAGUCCGAGAGCAGUUCGAAUUGGUGCUAAAGCAUGUGGUAGAAAUAUUUGACUAAUAUAUAAUCAACUCAAAAAUAUCUCUCAAGACACCGGAGCUUGUGAAUCCAAGAAUUAUACUUUAUUGCAUAACAAAGCCGAGCUUGCACCAUGGAACAACUGUCUCUCUCUGGCUUAGAGAUCUCUUAUAUACACACAAAUGAAAAAACAUGCGUACUUUCCUAAUUUAUUGUAGUUCUGCCCCACCCUUCUUUUUCAACAUCUAGCUGGCACACAAUGUCCACUCCAAAAGGUCAUGAAUGCUUUUUUCUAUAUGAAGCCUCUCAUUCUAUCAUUCUAUUGGCUGCGUGGCUUAGGCCCCUUCUUAAAAAAGAACUACGGUAAUGCAUACCAUGUGUCUAUAACAAGCCCAUGGGCCACAGUUUGAGAGCCUCUGUGAAAGAACACAUGCAUUCAUUUAAAACACAGCAUAUACUACAUGUCUAUACUCCUUAUUUAAGCAUGUAUCUGGAUUAUAAAAUAUCAAACAUGUUUAUUAUAUUUUACCUUUGGCAUCUCCCUACAUGUGCCUUAAUGAUACAUAAAAUAAUACCAUAAGCACAGCGAGCAGGAAGCACGGCUGUUGUUUGCGUGUGCUAGCGGGCCGGAGCUAGCAGAUGGAUCUUCGUGGUCGUCGCAACGGGAAGCCUGUUGAAACCACAGACGAUUACGUUGGCAGACCAGUCGUGAUGGAUCGGCGGGGCUCCGUGUCGACUCUAGGAGGUCCCGUCCGGUUGACAGAGAGGUAGAUAGCCGGUAGAUGUGCCUAACUCGAGGCUAGCUCAAGACUGAUUAGCCAACAACAACAUCCAUUUUACAUUUUUACAUUUUUAGUCAUUUAGCAGACGCUCUUAUCCAGAGCGACUUACAGUUAGUGAAUACUUUAUUUUUAUUUUUAUCUUCUUUUUUUUUUAUAUACUGGCCCCCCGUGGGAAUCGAACCCACAACCAUGGCGUUGCAAACACCAUGCUCUAUCAACUGAGCUACAUCCCUGCCGGCCAUUCCCUCCCCUACUCUGGACGACGCUGGGCCAAUUGUGCGCCGCCCAUGAGUCUCCCGGUCGCGGCCGGCUGCGACAGAGCCUGGAUUCGAUUGCAGCUAGCUAGUUGCGAUGAUCAGGUGUUAAAGAUCCAGUGAUUUAGUGAUUCCGGCAGAAAAUCCGAUAUGUUCUGGGUCGAUAACGCGCUGUGCAGACAGUGCAGACUGGCCGAUAAUAGUCCAGGCUAGAGCUGGCUGGUAGGUAGUGCAGGCCACAGACAAUGGUGAAAAAACGCUAACGGUGGCUAAUAGCAAGUAGCUAGUUAGCUGGCUACUCCCGUCCGGUAGACAAAGAGGUAGAUAGCCGGGAUAUGGGCCUGGCUCAAGGCUAACUGGUGCUUGCUUCGGGGGCAGUGGUGAUUAGCCUACAGCAACAUCCAUUCGGUUGCGGCUAGCUAGUUGCGAUCCGGUGUUAGGGUCCAGUGAUUCAGUUAUUCCGGCAGAAAAUCCGAUGUUCUGGGUGAAAACCGCUAACAGUGGCUAAUAGCAAGUAGCUUGUUAGCUGGCUAGCUAGUUUCAACUGGAGAUUCUAGAUAAAGGUGAGUAAAUAAUAGAAUCCGUUCCACAUUGAGUGAGGCGGGUUGCAGGAAAGUAUAUUUAAUAGAAGGAUGAAAAGUGUGAUAGGGAAAUAUGUACGAAAAUACAAAAAACAGGCUAUUUACACAGACACACAACAAAGAACACGACCGCACUGCUACGCCAUCUUGGGCCAGCAUCGCUAUGGAACGCUUUCGAAACCUUGUAGAGUCCAUGCCCUGACGAAUUGAGGGGGUUCUGGGGGAGUGCAACUCCCUUUUUGUACACUCAGUGUACGAAAUAACGUAGCAAGUCAUUAGAUUGGCUUUUAUAACACAUAGGUAAGGCAAUAGCCAUUUACUAGACAUUUAUACAGUGCUUUUUACUAAACACAAGUUAUCAUGUAUUACAAUAAAGGUCAAUUUGGGGACUGUCUAUGUAUUUUUUUAUUGUUUUAUCAAUGUUUAUUCGCUUCUGAAUCUCAGUCUCCUCAGCCCAGCAUGUGAGUUUAUGAGUUGUAGUAACAAGUGACUCUGGUGUCGGAUUACAUUAAAGUCCCGCCUAUCUCCCGCUUAUUUCAUUAGCUGACAGCACCAUCACUUCUUGGCAGAAAGAUACGCAUCCACAUAAACUAGUCCCGGCAUCGUUCUUUGACAAACACAGAAGGUUGUAUAUUGAAUUCAGUAGAAGAACAGAGAGAGAGGGAGAGAGAGAGACAAAACAUUAAGGAACUGGCAGUCUCUCUCUCUCCUUCUCUCUCUCUCUCUGUUUUCUUCUGUUGAAUUAUAUGUAGCCUCAUAUUUAAACACGUAUCUAAAGUGGGCAGGGGAAACACUUGAAAUGCAAUAAUUAGAAAUAUGUACAGUUGAAGUCGGAAGUUUACAUACACCUUAGCCAAAUACAUUUAAACUCAGUUUUUCACAAUUCCUGACAUUUAAUCCUAGUAAAAAUUCCCUGUUUUAGGUCAGUUAGGAUCACCACUUUAUUUUAAGAAUGUGAAAUGUCAGAAUAAUAGUAGAGAGAAUGAUUUCUUUCAGCUUUUAUUUCUUUCAUCGCAUUCCCAGUGGGUCAGAAGUUUUACAUACACUCAAUUAGUAUUUGGUAGCAUUGCCUUUAAAUUGUUUAACUUGGGUCAAACGUUUCGGGUAGCCUUCCAGAAGCUUCCCACAAUAAGAUGGGUGAAUUUUGGCCCAUUCCUCCUGACAGAGCUGGUGUAACUGAGUCAGGUUUGUAGGCCUCCUUGCUCGCACACGCUUUUUCAGUUCUGCCCACACAUUUUCUAUAGGAUUGAGGUCAGGGCUUUGUGAUUGCCACUCCAAUACCUUGACUUUAUUGUCCUUAAGCCAUUUUGCCACAACUUUUGAAGUAUGCUUGGGGUCAUUGUCCAAUUGGAAGACCGAUUUGCGACCAAGCUUUAACUUCGUGACUGAUGUCUUGAGAUGUUGCUUCAAUAUAUCCACAUAAUUUUCCUUCCUCAUGAUGCCAUCUAUUUUGUGAAGUGCACCAGUCCCUCCUGCAGCAAAGCACCCCACAGCAUGAUGCUGCCACCCCCAUGCUUCACGGUUGGGAUGGUGUUCUUCGGCUUGCAAGUCCCCCUUUUUCCUCCAAACAUAACGAUGGUCAUUAUGGCCAAACAGUUCUAUUUUUGUUUCAUCAGACCAGAGGACAUUUCUCCAAAAGUACGAUCUUUGUCCCCAUGUGCAGUUGCAAACCGUAGUCUGGCUAUUUUAUGGCGGUUUUGGAGCAGUGGCUUCUUCCUUGCUGAGCGGCCUUUCAGGUUAUGUCGAUAUAGGACUCGUUUUACUGUGGAUAUAGAUCAUUUUGUACCUGUUCCUCCAGCAUCUUCACAAGGUCCUUUGCUGUUGUUCUGGGACUGAUUUGCACUUUUCGCACCAAAGUACGUUCAUCUCUAGGAGACAGAAUGCGUCUCUCCUGAGCGGUAUGACGGCUGCGUGGUCCCAUGGUGAUUAUACUUGCGUAGUAUUGUUUGUAGAAGAUGAACGUGGUACCUUCAGGCGUUUGGAAAUUGCUCCCAAGGAUGAACCAUACUUGUGGAGGUCUACAAUUCUUUUUCUGAGGUCUUGGCUGAUUUCUUUUGAUUUUCCCAUGAUGUCAAGCAAAGAGGCACUGAGUUUGAAGGUAGGCCUUGAAAUACAUCCACAGGUACACCUCCAAUUGACUCAAAUUAUGUCAAUUAGCCUAUUAGAAGUUUCUAAAGCCAUGACAUAAUUUUCUGGAAUUUCCCAAGCUGUUUAAAGGCACAGUCAACUUAAUGUAUGGAAACUUCUGACCCACUGGAAUUGUGAUACAGUGAAUUAUAAGUGAAAUAAUCUGCCUGUAAACAAUUGUUGGAAAAAUUACUUGUGUCAUGCACAAAGUAGAUGUCCUAACCGACUUGCCAAAACUAUAGUUUGUUAACAAGACAUUUGUGGAGUGGUUGAAAAACGAGUUUUAAUGACUCCAACCUAAGUGUAUGUAAACUUCCGACUUCAACGGUAUAAGGUAUUAUAUAAGCCAAUGGUCAUCUAUAAGGCAUUUAUUCAGUGAUUUUCUUCUUUGUCUAAUUUUUGCCUUCAGAAAGUAUGCAUACCCCUUGACUUAUUCCAGAUUUUUUUGUGUUACAGUUGAAUUCAAAAUGGAUUAAAUAUAUUUUUUUUUAAUCUCACUCAUCUACACUCAAUACCCCAUAAUGACAAAAUGAAAACAUGUUUUUAGAAAUGUUUGCAAAUGUAUUGAAAAUGAAAUACAUAAAUAUUGAAUUUACAUAAGUAUUCACACCCCUGAGUCAAUAAAUGUUAGAAUCACCUUUGGCAGGGAUUACAGCUGUGAGUCUUUCUGGGUACGUCUCUAAGAGCUUUGCACACCUUGAUUGUACAAUAUUUGCACAUUAUUCUUUAAAAAAUUCUUCAAGCUCUGUCAAGUUGGUUGUUGAUCUUUGCUAGACAGCCAUUUUCAAGUCUUGCCAUAGAUUUCAAGCCGAUUUAAGUCAAAACUGUAACUAGGCCACUCAGGAACAUUCAAUGUCGUCUUGGUUAGCAACUCCAGUGUAGAUUUGACCUUGUGAUUUAGGUCAGGGGUGGGCAAACCUUUUGGUUCAAGGGCCACAUUGAGUUUUUGAAACCAAGUGAAGGGCCACAUACUAUAUGCGUGACAAAACAUGUGAAGCCUUUAUUCAUUUUCACAUUGACACGCAACUAAUAGUGUACUGUAGGUGUACAUAGGCUUGCAGAACAAUUAUACUCUUGUACCAUCUCUACCCUUGUUUUCUGUGAACAAAUUUUUCACAAAUUUUUCACAAAAUUGAUAUAAUUUACAACAUCACAGACACAGUCAAACACACACAGAGAUCCUGCACCUCUACCCUUGUAAAGUACUAUCAAACUUACAGUCACAAUAUGCAAAUUUACAAAUAUAUAUAUAUAUUAUAUGACUGGAUACAUACAAAAUGUAACAGCAGAUGUGUACCAUGAUGUGGAUGCUACCAUGAUUAUGGAUAAUCCUGAAAAAAUCGUGAAUAAUAAUGAGUGAGAAAGUUAUAGACGCAUAAAUAGCAUACAUAAUUUCUGCAUCUGUAAUUCAUUAUUCACGAUUCAUUCAGGAUUAUCCGUAAUCAUGGUAGCAUCCACAUUAAUGUAGAAGUGUGAUGUGUGUGGGAUGGUGUGGCUGAAAUGCCGGGGCUGAAUUUUUGUCCCAGUCUGCCCCUGGUAGCAUUGCAUCACAAACAAUAGGCUAUAUUGCAAAAGUUACAAAUGUAAUGUUGCAGAAUGUAAUAUUGUAAAUGUAACAUUGCAGAUCAGACGUUACAUUUCAGUCUAGACUGUAGUGGAUACAAUGUAACAAAUGUGUCAUGCCCCUCAUGCUAGACUACAGAGUAGUAGCCUUCAUAUAUACAGUCAUUGGUAGUAGCCUAUAAAAUAGCUAGGUCCAGCGAGUAUGUGUAGAAUACCAAUAGACUUCCCGAGGUCAAAGCAUCGCAUUUGUUGUUUAUCAUUUAAAUAAUGCAGGAAUGUAAUAAUACGAUUUUUUGUAUUCCUCGUCGUGCCACGGUAUCGUUGAACCACGUGACCUUGCUGAUGAUGACGACAAUACAUUAAUUUAACCUAGUCCGCUUCCUACUUCCUUACCCUGGCUUGGUUCUCUGCUUCAUCAACCUUUCUUGCGAUAAAAAUACAAAAUGACCCACCAAACGGGCAUACAAGGUAUCUAUUUCAUUUAAGUUCUGUUGUUGCUUUCUUAGCAUGUUUGAACUGUAUACAUCUUAAUUGAAAAAUCUGUUUUUAAUCGAUGUGCAAUGUUUUACUAUCAAUGCACCAGUUCAUACUGUACAGUACUAGCUAGCUAGCGAGCUAUCUGUGAUAAUUGAUUUGAUGCUCUGCUAAGAAGUAGCAACGGUAGUUAUGUGGCUAGGUGUCCUAAAAGAAUGGGCAGCCAGAUACAAACAAUGUGUGUGUCUCUGCCUCUGCUCUAGCAAAAAACAACAACAUUUAGGCUCGGGCAACGCCUUCAUUGAAACAUCUGGCAUUCAAAUGUAACUAAAAUGGUCCAGACAGCAAGCAACCUGUCAGACAAACAUUUACAUAAAAAAUGAGCUGACAAAUAGCCUACACUAAAGUAUCUGAGUACUUUCAACCCAAUGGCAGAUAUCGAUAUUGUAUUUUUCAUUUGCACAAUGAUUGAAAUAUUUAUGCAAGUGAUACUGAAACGUGUUUGUUUCUGUGUGUGUGGGUGUGUGUGGACGUGUUUAAAUAUUCUUGUGGGGACCAGAAGUCCCCACAAGAAUAGUAAACAAACAAACAUUUGACAAACUGGGGACAUUUUGUUAGUCCCCACGAGGUCAAAUGCUAUUUCUAGGGGGUUUAGGGUUAAGGUUAGAAUUAGUGUUAGGGUUAGAAUUACGUUAAGGGUUAGGGGCUAGGGUUAGUUUUGGGUUAGGGUUAAGGUUAGGUUUUUGGGUUAAGGUUAGGGUAAGAGUAUGGGUUAGGGUUAAGGGUUAUGGAAAAUAGGAUUUUGAAUGGGACUGAAUUGUGUCCCCCCACAAGGUUAGCUGUAAAAUACUGUGUGUGUGUGUGUGUGAUGUGAAUGUAGUUUUGACAACAUGGAUGAGUGAGGAUCCUACUCACCAAGCAACUCGCACACACUUGCGUUAAAAGGUUCAUAUGGUGACCUCGACAACAUGCAUGUAAAAUUGUGGUGUGCCACGUUGUUAAAAUUUGUGAGUGGGAAGGAGAUUGCUGUAGGUCGCAUGCGUUCAUCCUACUAUUUGCUCAGUAUGGGCUUAUGUGAGAGAUAGACCUAUGCCAGGGAUGGGCAACUCAGUCGGGGUCUCAAUUUACUGGUGAGAGUUAAAAUAACAGAAUACACAAGGUGCAAUUUAGAAAUGUGGUUUUGUAUCAGCAGUCACCCAAUUAGCCCAUGUCAGAUUUAUUUUUUAGAUUGGUAAAUUAGUCUAGUGGCCAGCUGGUCGAAUUACCGACCAGGAUGGGGCCAAGUGAUCAUCAGUUAUCAUAUUAAAAACUGCAAACAUUUGCCUCCACCCUAUGACAAAAUGUGUACAAUUGCAGGAAAUUAGCUGUAAAACUGCACAUUUCUCUCCACCCAUGGCAAAAUGAGUAGUAUUGCAUGAAAUUAGUUACAAAAUUGCAGGAAAUGAAUUUUCAAACUAAAUGUAUUUAUCUUCGCUGGCACGAGGGGGGACUGGUGUCACGAGGGAGGGGGUACGCAGACACACGAGCCACUGCGGCCCCUCAUGAUGAGUUCCGUUUUUUUGUGGCCCCCACCCCCAUCAAAGUUGCCCAUCCCUGGCCUAGGCCAAUGGGACCAGGAGGUGUCCUAGCAGGCUUGUCCAUUUCUCUCCAUUUACUAAAUGCUCUAUAUGUGGACCAAACUUCUGUGGCAAAGAUUGUUUUGAAUAGCUGAAGAUAAUUACAUGGUUUGUACUUUGGAAGGUUUUAACAUGGGUUUAACUGAAGUCAUUACAGCUAGCUGAAUUUCUGUAAGCCCAAUUUCAGUGGUGUGGCUUCUACUAUGAAACACCCAUCGUAGAACACAUUGCAUGUUUGUGCCGAUACCAAACUCACUUCCCCACUGUUUUUCUAGCUGGUAACGACGUGAAGGACAUCUUUGCCAGUGCAAGGUGUGGAGACCAAUAUCGACUCUUAAAGAUUGUGAUUGAGGAUGGUAAGAAGUGUUUAUUUUUUUACUGAUCUGACCAUAAACAUAUCUAAUGUUUGUCACCAAGGUUGUCUCUCAAGGAUAUAUUACAGAUCUUUUUUUUUAUUAAAACAGUUGCCGAAAUGUUGGAAACCCCAGAGAGAUUCUAUUCACCAAAAUUAUGUUUUUACUAAAUUCUGAUAAUAUUUGUGUUACAGAGCAGCUAGCUUUGGGCGAGAUCAGGCAAGCAUCAGAGACAUGGGACCAAGAGUAUGACUCGUUAGUCCUGCCUCUACUACAGGACGACCUGCCAUCUUAUAUCCUGUACCGGCUGGACUCCUCCAACAACCAGGGCUAUGAGUGGAUCUUCAUGGCCUGGUCACCUGACCACUCUCCUGUAAGCAACUCAUCUCACCCACAGAUGUCAGCUUCCCUUUGCUAAUUAUGUUGCACAGUCAUGUCAAUGACAAGUCUCUGCAUGCUCACAAAUCACAACAGACCCUUAGCAGAAAUGUUUUGUGUUGAAUACUGAUUGUUGUUGGUUAUAUGUAGUUUGCAAUGUAGUGCAAAUGUAACAUUUAGCUUUAAUUUUGGGAAGCAAAUUUGAUUCUGAGUUCGGACAUAUAAAGUUUGUAUGUGAAAACUACUUCUAAGAUGCAUGCAUUCAGUUUUUCCGAACUCAUUUCACUCGCGCUAAAGAGGGUUGCUCGCUCGGCUGGUGCUGGUACAUGUGCAGAUCAAAUAUAUCGCUGGAACGCCUAUUAUUGUGUUUACAUGUCCUAAUAAUUUAAAGGAUUGCUCAGAAAACGGGACCACCCAUACAAUUUUUUUUUUUUUAUAAAUGUAUGCACGCAUGACUGUAAGUCGCUUUGGAUAAAAGCGUCUGCUAAAUGGCUUAUUAUUAUUAUUAUUAUUGCAUAAUCUGCCUACUGCCAUAAUCAGUUUAAUAUAGAAAUGAUUACUGUGCAUGUAAAAGUACUCACUGAAACAUCCAAAUGGGCUGCAUUUAUUUAGUGCUUAUCCAGGCACAGUUUGCUCUCCUAUGGAAAAAAUAAUGGGAGUUUAUGUUGAGGCAGCAAGAGAAGAAUCAGAAAUCAUGUGAAACAUGGAUAAAAUCACUGAAUGUCAUUGAGUUAUAGAAAGUGGAUGGAAUAGAUAAAUGUAAACAGACUGCUUUUCCAGUACCCUUGGUGUAUUCACUAAUACAUUCUAUUUCAAACAGGUGCGACAUAAGAUGUUAUACGCUGCUACCAGGGCCACACUAAAGAAGGAAUUUGGUGGGGGGCUUAUCAAAGAUGAGCUUUUUGGCACUACAAAGGUUGGUUAGAUUAUCUGUAUUAGUUUAGAUUGUCUUGUGAAAUCCUCUUAUGCCUUUCUGUAAUGAAGAACUUGGAAGAUCAGAUUUUCUGUCUGCUUUGUCAUUCAGGUUGUUGUAAUUGAAGUAUGUAUAUUUUUUAUGUUCAAGUAUAGGUAUAAACAUAGAAUAACCUUCCAGUAUGGCAUUGCUCAGUAAAUUGGCAAUUUCACAUUAUCGCACAUAGCCUAUAAGAUGGAGGAUCGAGUAUUGUCAAAUAUGUAUUGUACGUGAAUUGUAUGUGUGUAUAUAAAAGGCUAACUGGUAUGGGAUCCUCUCUUCCCUCCUGAUUCUCCUCCAGGAGGAUGUGUCUCUGAGUGGCUACAAGAAGUACCUGGUGACCAAGGCCGCACCACUACCACUCACUGCUGCUGAGGAGGAACUACGACAGAUCAAACUCAGCGAGGUACACACACACACACACACACACACACACACACACACACACACACACACACAGACAGAGAACAGUAUUCACACUUCCUGUGAUGUUUAAAAGUGAUUCUGUGCACAAGUCAUUCUGUUGGUUGACAGUGUCAUUGUUAAAUGGGUGUGGAUUCAAACCUUUCUUUUAGCUUUGAAACCAAGACAUCUAGGCAAACUGUGUGUUCUUCUUUGGGAGGGGUUCUGAGCACUGAGAGCAACUCAGCAAUAUAUACAGUAAACUCAUAGCAUAUGCUUUGAAUUGUGUUCAAUCCAAAAGACAGUGUUGAAUAUUAAUGACAGCUGGUGAUACCUUCCCCCAUAGACCACAAGGUCAGCAAUACAGCUGUGCAUAAUGCUGACCUGGCACAAAGAGUCACUGGAAAGGUGCUGAUGCAUUAGAACUACAGGAAGUUGGCAGAUGGAUGACUAACCGCGGCAGGUAGCCUAGCGGUUAAGAGCGUUGGGCCAGUAACCGAAAGGUUGCUGAUUUGAAUCCCCGAGCCAGCAAGGUAGAAAAAUCUGCCCUUGAGCAAGGCAGUUAACCUCCAAUAGCAACUGCUCCCUGUGCUCCGAUGACGCGGACGUCGAUUAAGUUGGCCUCCCGCACCUCUUUGAUUCAGAGGGGUUGGUUUAAAUGCGGAAGACACAUUUCGGUUGAAUGCAUUCAGUUGUGCAACUGACUAGGUAUCCCCUUUCUCUAUUACCCCUGUAUGGGUCUAGACCCAUAGCUAUAUAAAUGGGUGUUUUUUUUUUGGUGUAAAAAAAAUCACAAUGCACUGUAAGCAAUAGGAUGUUGUUGUUGAGAUCUCCCACUAAAUACACGGGUCUUGAACUAAAAUGUUCUGUAUAAAUCAAAUCAAAUCAAAUUUUGUUAGUCACAUACACGUGUUUAGCAGAUGUUCUUGCUGGUGUAGUGAAAUGCUUGUAUAGUCAGCCUAUACGAGGGGCCACCUUUGAAAGUUGAUGAAUGAUCAUUCAAUACUUUGCAUUGAUUCUGUCCAGGAAAGCACUUGGACAAGGUCACACCACUGUGCGUUGGCUUGGCUCCACUGAUAAGAUCUGGGUACACUGUUAUGUGAUAGCCAGUGCUUGAUUUGCUACUAACGAUGAAGAAUGUCAAGUUUGCUUUUCUCAUUGGUAGUUGUAAGAUGUGAUUAACCAAAGAGAAAGUAACAUACAGUGACUCGUGAUUCCAACCAAACCAAAGUGAGUCUUCUUAAAGAGGAAACAAGCUAGUUGCUGUGACUGUCUGUCUGUCACAUAAACAAGAUGUUCAAACUCCAUAUAAGGAAGUAGUCUGAGAAGCAUUCAGUCACUCCUAAAUACAUUUACAUUUUAGUCAUUUAGCAGACGCUCUUAUCCAGAGCGACUUACAGUUUUUUAGUGAGUGCAUACAUUUUCAUACUGGCCCCCCGUGGGAAUCGAACCCACAACCCUGGCGUUGCAAACGCCAUGCUCUACCAACUGAUCUACACGUGACAAUAAAAAGCUAGAAUGGAGAAAACAGGCUAGCACUUCUCCCAAUUGACCAGCUGUUGAAAGGGAGAUAAACAACAUUUGUCUUUGUGGAAGCAAAGAGGCUUUGAAAUAUGUAUUUAUCAUUAAUGUGCCUGGACAGAGCGAGACUGCCUUGACUAAGUUAAUGGAUGAAACCCACAAUCAUUUUGGUACAUGAGGUGGGUGCACCGCAUCGGCUGCUCAAUCAUGUGUACACAACAGAGCCUUUAAUUCCGAGGGAACCAACAGGGCUCUAAAAAUAGGUGCAAUCCAUCAGUAUAAUCCCCCUCCAUUUCCAGUCUUUAAGGUGAUUUUAGAAGAGGUGCCUCAUCACUCCUGUCUUUCCUGUCCAGAUAUAGAAACAUUAGCCACAUCAGACAUUAUCCCCAAUGUGGAGAAUCUGAGAGGGGAUGAAUGUUCUGGAUUUCUUUGCCUCGUAUCUACUUUAUAGGAAUUUAAGGUGGCCAGGUCUUCCUUGGGAAAGAGAUCUAAUGACUUCACAAAGGGACUUCCUGGUUAAAUAAAAUAUUUAAUAUUGAUGGAUUCACUAGCACUACCACUAGUGAGCUGUGUGUUGACUAUGAUAAAGGUUAAGUUGUCUUACAUUGUUUUCUCUGUGUUGUGUUCAGGUGAAGACUGACAUCAGUGUGGACACCAAGCAGCAGACACUGCAGGGAGUGGCGUUCCCUAUGCAUGGAGACGCAGUCGAGGCGCUCGAACAAUUCAGGGACAAGCAAGUCAACUACGUACAACUUGUAAGUACUUCUCCCCCUCUGUCGCUUUUCCAGGUGAGUCAGUUGAGAACAAGUUAUGUUCCUCUUUUAUCCUCAGGCUUCUCUGUAGACUGUCAAAGGAAUUUUGGAGUCAGGAGUUCUGUUUAGAACAGUACGAUGUGUUUUCUUUUUAACCAAAGUGUCAUUGUGUCAGUUCUCAUUGACAUUCAAGGGCUUGUGUCACAAGAUCAGAUUUGGGGACAAAGGCAUAACUGUGACACUUCGAGCCGGCUCUGCCUUGUUCUCAUAAUGGACAUGUUAUCAAAAUAGCUAUUCAAUAAAUCACACAAAGAUGAAAUUACACUUUAUUAGAGCGUAAUUAUCCAACUGUCAUAUCUGGUUAAGUCAUAGUAUGGUUUCAUUUCUACUCUCGAUAGGAAAUAGACUUUGCCAAAGAACUCAUUAGGUUGUCUAACACUGAACCGACCGAGGUGAAAGACCUGCCCAAGAGGAUCCCCACAGAGUCCGCUCGCUAUCACUUCUUCCGCUACAAUCAUUCCCACGAGGGAGACUACCUGGAGUCCACAGGUGAAUAUAUUUACACCACUGUUUUCACAAAGAACAAUAGAAGAGAACCAACUAAAGACACCAAGCACAGCUGUCGUCAUAUCUGUAUACAUAUUUACUGCGUUGAAUAUCUGUGAUUCUGAUGGGACAUCCUCCAUUGUUAUUUUGCCUUUUGCAGUGUUCAUUUAUUCCAUGCCGGGGUACAAGUGCAGCAUCAAAGAGAGGAUGCUCUAUUCCAGUUGCAAAAAUCCUCUGGUGGACAUGGUGGAGAACAACAUGCAAAUUGACAUUUUGAAGAAGGUAAGGACCAAAAGAUCAAGCUAUUUUUGUAUGACUUUAACAUUACCUAUAAGUGGUGUUAACACCAAUCAAAGUGUUCCAUGUGCCUUAGGGUUCAGUAAAAAAAUCUGUAGGUUUGGUUCAGGUUCAUUUAGUUUCAAUUCAGGAAGUAAACUGACACUCCUAUUCAAAUUUUUCUCAAAGCGUUUACUUCCUAAAUUGACUGAAUUUAUAUGGAAUUGACUCCAACCCUGGUUUGGUUAACAGUCCAACUCCUCACUAUUCGUGUGGGACUGUUCACAGCUGGAGAUUGAGAGCGGGGAUGAGCUGACUGGUGACUUCCUGUAUGAGGAAGUCCAUCCCAAGCAGCACGCACACAAGCAGGCCUUUGCCAAGCCCAAGGGCCCCGCUGGGAAGAAGGGAGGACGCCGCAUCACCAGACCGCCUGGAGAUGGAGAAGAGGAUGACUAA